GCCGCUCGGAAUAUAUUAAACCUGCCUCUCUGCUCGCACAGGGAGCCCGUGGCUAUUAUUUGGUACCAAUUUGCCUUAGCUCUGGGCUGAAAGUUAAAAGUGUUGUGCAAACACAAGAGAAGAAGAGAUUGUGCAGCUGGUCGUUCUUAUCACCCAACUAACUCUUGAUUUUUCUCCAACAGUGUCUCAGUGAGGCGAGGGCGAAUUUUCGACGAACUGCCUAUACACAAGGCCAGGCGGCUGUUUAAGCUUUAUUUGUUCACAGAUAGGUGUGGGUGUUAUAUAUAUAAAUACAACACGGCGGUUUCUUGUGACAGUGUGGGCAACAUGGUACGCAAAGAUGCUACCAAGGAAUUCCUUAAUAUCAUCAAAGACUCGGCGCUUCAAGGUUCACAUUCAGAGGAGAAGCAAAACACGUCUAUGUGCACAGCAUGUACAACAAGCACAACGCUAAUCCUUUGGGUGGGUCUCGACCUCACCAAGGAUAUCAAAGGCUUCGGAACGACGACUUUAUUCCAGAACAGUUUGAAAAACCACGACAUCAACAACCGAUCCCAUACAAAUCCAUUGGUUCAGCUAUACUUCUUUUCUUUCUUGGUUCUCUGUUGAUCAGCCUUGCCGUGCUCAUCAAUCUCUCCUUAAUGCCCGAAUCCUUCCAUGAAUCGAUGUGGGGUUUUUACUUACUCGGAAGUCUCUUGUUCAUUCCCGGUGCACAUUACACUUACAUUGCCUAUCAAGCUUAUUACGAAACUCCAGGGUACACCUAUGAGGAUAUACCUAUAAUGGACUAAAAAUUAUUACUUGCUAUCUGCCGUAACCACCCAUCGUAUAUUCGAUCCAGAGUGUUAUAAAUACUGAAUAUGUCGAAACCUUUUACUUUUCCUAUUGUAAAAAAGUUUCUAUAUUGUUUAAAGAAUGCCCAUGACAAAGCUAUGCAUUUUUCUUUAGCCGAUGAAUGGUCGCCGUUUGUGAGUCCCUAAUAUUAGAAAAAAUUUAAAGACACCGUUUCCACAGACGUCUGUAUGUUAUGUUAAUGAUUAUAGAUGACCCCAUAGACUAAGUGGUCUUUUUGUUUGUUUUGCUUUGAUUUGGGAUGCCGAUGGUCUUUUCGCAAUAUUCUGGAAGCCAUUGGUCUGCUGGUGCUCCCAUGACUUUUUAAUAUAGCUUACAUUGCCUCACUUAGCAUUGUCUACGGCAGUACUUAAAAUAUCCUGACAGAAGCGCUUCAUGACGGGAAGCACCUUCAUUUUGUAUUAAUAGAACUCUUAAAAAAAAAAGUUAUUAAUAACAAAAGGGUCACCUCGAAUGUGUGACGAAAGAGACGCUAGUCAGAGAAUACCACAAACCUAUUACAAAUAACCGAAUUACAUACUGUUACAAAUAAAAACAAUAACAAAUAACACCCACACAUCUAUACACAACGGAUACAGCAUUUCUUGCGUAAUAUUGUGUAAUUUAGAUUAAUGUUAAAUUGUUGAGUGGUUGUUUCAUGAUACGGAAAAAAUCACAAAAAUAUUAUUAGAUUCUUAUAGUGGUCAAGCACCACGUAGAGAACAUCGGCUUUAAAUUUAAUGAUAGUCACCAGCUGAGGCGUGUGAAAAAAUAUUAAUUAUUUUUAUAUUUUAGUUUCAAAACAAGCUCACAAGUGCCUUGGCAUGGUGAACUAAUUCGUGUGACAACCGACCUCUUUGUUUAUUAAAGUAGCUGCUUUCCAAUCAAGAACGCAAGUCUACGACAACGUAAUCCAGCAGUUUAUCAAUAAACAACAUUUAUUCACGAUACGCUUCUUGUCUCUAUAUCAUAAAUAAAUAAUAUGAUAACUGCCGCCUUGCAAGUUACGACAUUGACUGGGAUCUUUUUAAUAAACAAACGUGUGUAUUAAACACUUUGAUAGCUU